CUAUAUCUACUGUAUAAGUUUGUGUUGCUGCUCCGGGCAGACAGGAGGAGGAAUGUUGAAUAGGAAAUCAGGAGUGUAUUUGUAUAAGUAGAGCGAUAUACUGUCUCAGUGACAUCGUGUCUUUUUCGAGCUGUACAGUGAGCGUACGUUAAAUGCAAACCUGGAGACCGAUCAGACCCUCGUUUUCUUGUAUAUGUACUGUGGGAACUUGUGUCCUUCUCGUAUCUGAUUAUUAAAACGACUUGAGUGAAAGGGAGAAAUUGUCAAGAUGGCAGCAGCAGCAGCAGCAAGAGAAAUGAUAAUGUGCUGGCUGUAAUCGUUCUGCUUUGCCAAAUUUUUUUUUUUCCUGAACAAUUUGCAAUCUUUAGGCAACGUGGAAGCCAUUAUUUCAUAUCGUUGGAUAAACCCGAACCACCGGAGAGCUGCAAUUAGCAACUGUUUCUAUCCAGCCCAGAGCCCAUAUUUCUGGAUGCUGACGCUCUGCACUGCUCUUUAGAUUUGUAGUUGCAUUGCAUCAGUGCGGCAUAGGAUUUUCAAUGAUUUACAACUCGGAUUGGACUGGUGGUUACAAAGUAGUGAUAUUUACAACAGAAAAAAGUAUUGUGGCUGACAGAAUAUAAACACAAAGAAAGACUGCCAUAACUGUCACAGUGGAAUAUACGUUUGAUUUCCAAUUGGACUGGGCACAAUCGACUUUACAACAGUGAAACAUACGUGACGCGCGUGUUAAAAUGUGUGUAUAUUUACAUUCAUGUUGAUAAAUGCGUAAUGUCACGCUUGUUUUCUUUAACAAAAUAAAACAAAUUUGUGGUGGACAAAAAUUAGAUUUUUGUUUUUUCAAGAUUUUUUUUAAAAUUUACUUUUGGAAGCGCAUUCAUGGAAAGUGACUUUGAUAGGAAUCUCAUAGUAAUUAAUUGACAGAUCAGUUUUGCAGCAGAGAACAGACCAGUGAUUGAAAACGAAGAUGGCAGAACCACCUCCCACUGACCCUCUCGACUCCCUAGAUGUUGAAAUAGACCCCGAUUUUGAGCCUCAGAGCAGGCCGAGGUCUUGCACCUGGCCCUUACCUAGACCAGAGUCCAAUGUGGGCAAACCCGAAUCCACAGACAAUGCCAUCAUCCCGGAGGAGGAAGAUGACGAAGAUGAUACCGCCAAUUCCAUGACCAUCAAUACCAACGGCAUCCUUAGCAACACCAGCAUCAACGGGGAAGACCAACACAGCCCCAAUGUUCUCCUUGUGGAAGAAAUGGGCGCAGCGUCGUCUGGCCCAGAGAACUCGGGUUCCCCGCUUUCGUCCCAUUCACCCAACGCAGUUGGAAACGGUGCCAGUGUUGCAGGGGGGUCCCAGCAGCAGAGAAAGACAUCUUCUCGCCGGAAUGCCUGGGGAAAUCUCUCUUACGCUGACCUGAUUACCAAAGCCAUAGACAGCACGCCAGAUAAAAGACUGACCUUGUCUCAAAUCUAUGACUGGAUGGUCAGAUGUGUUCCUUACUUCAAGGAUAAAGGCGACAGCAACAGCUCCGCUGGGUGGAAGAACUCGAUCCGCCACAACUUGUCUCUGCACAGCCGCUUUGUCCGGGUGCAGAAUGAGGGCACGGGGAAGAGCUCCUGGUGGAUGAUCAACCCUGAUGGAGGGAAAGGAGGCAAGGCUCCACGGCGGCGGGCCGUCUCCAUGGACAACAGCAACAAGUACACCAAAAGCCGGGGCAGGGCCGCCAAAAAGAAGGCGGCUUUGCAGGCUGCCCAGGAUGGGGGAGCUGAGAGCCCCUCCAACCAGCUCUCCAAAUGGCCUGGCAGCCCCACAUCCCGCAGCAGCGAUGAGCUGGACACCUGGACUGACUUCCGCUCGCGCACCAACUCUAAUGCCAGCACCAUCAGUGGACGCCUCUCACCCAUCCUUGCCAACCCAGAACUGGAUGAGGUGCCUGAUGAUGACCCUCAGCUCUCCCCCAUGCUUUACUCCAGCCCUACCAUCCUGUCUCCUUCCGUCAGCAAGCCCUGCCCUGUGGAGCUGCCACGGCUCACAGAAAUUAACCUCAAUGACGGGCUUUCUGAUAACCUCAUGGACGAUCUUCUGGACAACAUCAGCCUGACUCCUACCCAGCAGCCCUCCCCAGGGGGUGGCAGUAGCAGCAGCAGCAGCAAUGGGGCCAUGCAGAGGAGCUCCAGCUUCACCUACGGCACCAAAGGCACGGCUCUGGGCUCUCCUUCUGGCAGCUACAGCAACUCCAUUUUCAGCCCUCCAUCACUCACUGCACUACGCCAGGCACCCAUGCAGACCAUUCAGGAGAACAAGCAGGCUACCUUCUCCUGCAUCUCCCAUUUUGGCAACCAGACCCUGCAGGACCUUCUCAGCUCCGACUCACUCAGCCACAGCGACGUCAUGAUGACCCAGUCGGACCCGCUCAUGUCUCAGGCCAGCUCUGCUGUCACGUCCCAGAACUCCCGCCGGAACAUUAUGCUGCGCAGCGACCCAAUGAUGUCCUUCACCGCUUCCCAAUCCAACCAGGGAAGCCCAGUCAAUCUUGGCAGCCUGCUACUCCACCAGCCCCAAUCUCCAAGCUUGUCGCUAGGGGGCAGUCAGGCUAACUUGUCCCAAGCGGUCAACGGGGGCAUUGGCCUAACUAACGAGACCAACAAUCUGGUUUCCAUCAAAUACCAGCUUCAGUCUCCCAGCGGUGGUAACCAAUCUAUGCAAAUCGGCCUCUCUGACUCUUCCUUGUACUCCAGCAUUAGUGGCAGUGGCAUCAACCUUCCUAAGAUAAACCAGGACAAGUUCCCCACCGACCUGGACCUGGACAUGUUCAACGGCAGCCUGGAGUGUGACAUGGACUCAAUCAUCCGCAGCGAGCUCAUGGACGCUGACGGCUUGGACUUCAACUUUGACUCGCUCAUCUCUGCUCAGAAUGCCAACCUUAACGUGGGGAACUUCGUUGGUGCUAAACAGGCUUCAUCCCAGAGCUGGGUUCCCAGUUGAAACACAUCUCUCUCUUUAAAGAGUGGAGAUGGGCAAAUCAGAUCUGUAAUGUGAUGCAAGACCCACCACAAUACCCUUUGCCAAAUCAGCUGUCAGCACGACGUGGAUAGUAAUCUGUUUACAGAACACCAUUUCUGAGAAUCAAAUCAUUGUCCCUACAUAACGAAGAGACACGGCCAACAGAAGAUCUUGAAUUCAGCCUAAAUGAAGUUCCCAGCAAAAAAUACAUAAAGCAAUUUAUUUCAAACGUAUGCAAUCUUUGAGACAACCGGAAACAAAAACGUGCACCUACAGUAGAGCGAUAUAUUGUUAAAAAAAAGAUGCUUUCAAGUAUAAUGUAGCCUUUUAUAGUACAGUAAUUUCUGUAAAAAAAAUUAAAAAAAAAAAAAAAAACUGUCCUGUGGUAUUAUCUUAUACAGUGGUAUUAUCUUAUACAGUGGUUUUUGGGGUGUUUUAGUUGUUACUUUCCCCAUAUUCUUUUUUUUAGUGUGUUUAAUGUGUAAUGUUUUUAUUAGCCACAUUUUAACAAUUACCUUUGGACUCUGCUCAACUAAGAGAAGAGUGCAUUGGUAAUAAAAAUAAAUAAAUAAACAAAUAGACAGAAGAAAGGAGAAAUCAAUAUAGUUGAUUGGACUGACAUGUCUUGCAAGCCUUCAAGAGCUGGCGCCUUGAUUAUUAUAAUGAAGUGAUGCAAGACCCAAGAAUGGUUUUGACUGAGGACUAUUUUUUUUUUUUUUCAAAAAUGGUGCACCCCUGUUUUAUAUUUUUUCUCUCUUUCUUUUUUUGAUUUUAUCCCCUAAUGGUACAUCUUUCGCAAAGCAACGAUUCAGGACACAUUAUAAAUGUGUGUGUAUGUUACUGUAGCAGUAUUGUCAAGAUUCUGUCUGGUCUAAUACAGUGCUUAGGAAGGGGGGACUGUCUGUAAUAAGGCUUUGCUGACUCAGUACAAUAUAAUAUGUAGCCAAAACCUGAUCCAGCAUUGAAUAUGAUGCUUCACUUGGAAGGUGCUAAGCAGCGUCCAGUCUGUCUCAGGCCUGUUCUGUCCUAGCUGACCAGGUAGAUAUUCUGAUUAACUAAAAAUAAAUCAGAGAGGUCACAUGAUAGCGUUAGAUUAUAGUUUUCCAUCUAGAAGCCGUUUUUAUUAAGAUAAUGAUAAGCUAUGUUAUAUAUUGCCAAAUUACUUGAACAUGUAGGAGAUGCUGGCAGCCAAAAAAAAAAAAAAAACCUAUAAAAAAAAACAGUUUACUAGUGUGUGUGUGAAUGAGGGACUUUCAUAUAUGCAACAACUCCCACCACCCAAGGAGUUUCACCUGUAAACAUCAGCAGCAGUCAGCCUUCUUUUAAGGCUUUUAGCUUUUUUCUUUUUUAAUUCCCUUAAAGCUGAAUAAGAAUACAAUAGGAAAUGAUAGUCAAAAAUCAUAAUCGUCCCGUGUUUUACGGAAUAAAACUGCCUUCCUGUAUUACAAAAAUAAACAGAAUUAAACAUAAAUCGAAAUGCCAGACAUUUCUCUUUAUCAUCUUCGAAAUUUCCCAUUGUUUGUUUGACAUUAUUCUGUCCUUUCGUGUUGCAUUAAUAUAUCUACCAGGAAUAUUUCCAGAACUGCCAUUCGCUUAUUGCUCAGAGUAGACUCUGGUGUCUGAUAAGAGACAGAUAAAGACAUAGAUAAAAAACGAUGGCUGCCAGUAACGCAAACAAAGCUUGGGUUAUAGUGCAGCGCAGAAUUCCAAUCGUUUUGAGCGUACUUCUGUGGAGUAGAUUGUGGAGGUUUCUUGUUUUAUAAGACAAUGUAAUGCGUAUUAUAUUUUAAUAUGAAUCAGAGGCCGAUCAUUAUGCAUGACUGGUAGGUAAAUGCAUUAGCAGUGCAUCCCAAAUUGUAAUGCAUGACUACCCUCUGCACUGAUGAACCCAGGUGAUAUUGAACACCCCCCCCCCCUCCCUUCCCCUCCCCUCCCCUCCUCUCCCUGCCCCCCCACUCCUCUGUACCUCUGUCACAAACCCCAAGAGAAUUAGCAUUGAAGUAACACUUCAAGACAUGAUGGCUUUUCCUUAUGAAAUCUUGUAACCUUUUAUACUUGUUCCUUUUUAUAUAUACAAGCCUCCUGCGUUUCAUCACUUUCAUCAAGCCUUUCACUGAACGUGUACUUUCUGUGCUAACGUGUGGGUAGAAUACUAGCAGAUCAACAAUUAAUGCGACUGUGACAUUCUGUUUUUUAAUCAGUUUCAUUCUCUGCAGUUAUUAAGGUAGUAUAAAGGCCAAGUAAAAGUCAAGAUUAGGAAAGGGAAGGAGGGAGUUCCCAGCCUGGCUCAUGAGUACCAAACACGUUGCCAUCUUUUUUAUAUUGAAAAGGACUUAUUUCCACAAAUAUGUAAAAAAAGAAAAAAAAAAUUACGUAAUACAAGCGCUCCCCUUUCUCCAUAUUCUCAUUACAGGAUCAGGGACUAAUGCAGUGCGUAAGCUAUUCAAAUGAAUGCACUAUAGGCUUCGUCAGGGCUCUGUGAUUCAUGUUCACGCAAGUGUUAAGAGCAGUGCUCUUAAUUAUCAAGUUUAUUAAAAAAAAAAAAAAAAAAAAA